UACUUGAGGUUGGAAAUGACCGUACCAUCAAGGAAUUGGUUGAUGUGCUUAAUAUUGACUGUCGUGACAAAUGCUGCUUGUUUGGCAACCGAUUCUGCCCAGAAUUCAAACUGGCAAAAUUCCAUAGAAUCUGUUGCUAAACUUAAAAAUCCAGCCAUUCCAUUACUUAAAUACAAACGCUCGCCUACCGACGAUACGGAAGCAACAACCAGCCAAUUGAAUUCUUCUGUCAUUGAGCAAUCCACUUUUCCGACCGUCUACCGAAACCCGGAAGAGAACGCUACUGGCUCUAUCUAUUACGACCUCGUGCAAUUGAGAAACAAGUACUACCCCAAGAUCAAAGAUUUGAUGCGUUACGUCCAAAAUUUUGAGAAUGCGGCGUCCCGCGUGCGCGAGAACUCGCCCGGAUUAAAUCACAUUGCCGAAAGGGUAACUGACGUCAAAGCAGCUAUUGGAUUCCUCCUUUCUAUUCCGUUAAUAAUAUGCUGCAGUGCCUAUUUCUUAAACCUGCUCGUUCUCGGUGGCAUUGUCAUUGGUUUUAAUGGCUGGGAUUUGGGAACUCUGGGUCGCAGACGAAUGUUACGCGACUUGUCUGCCAUAAACAAUCAGAGCCAAGUUUUUGAUUUCGAUCAUCAUCUGACAUCUGAUCAGUCCAUGACCCUUGCUUUAUUGGUUGCUCGCGUGGAUAGCGUGCUCAGCAACUACACCCUUUCUUCCGAGGGUGACACACAGUCCAUCCGCUUUGUUGAACCGGCCGGAUGACUAUGGAGUUCCGCGUGAGGGCCGCAUUUUUUUGUUGUUGAAAUCUUACAGUUAAAACUGUUGUGUUGUGUGUCCUAUUUAUUAUACAUUCCUGUUGAACGACCGAGUCCCGCUGAAUUUAGACCGCGUCCUAGAAAUCUACUACGUUUUUGUUUUUUUAUGUAAAUGAACUCGUGAUUGUGACUUGCACCUUGAGUGCUUUGUAUUCGUGUGGAAGCGAUGGCCUUUAUCAUUCCUAGAAAUUUUGAAAACUGUUCCACUUUUUUAUUAUGUCUUGCAUUCUUCUACGAAGUAAUGUAUUUUCAUAGAAGAAUAGUCAAUCGAUUGAACUCGAGGGAAAUUGUUUUAGCGUUUAAUUCUUUUGUCAUUUUACGCGAAUGUCGUAAAAUUUUUAAUAGCGAGGAAAUAAAGUUGGCUAGGGAAAAACAG